CGCAGGACUACCAGGAGGACCGCGAGCUCGACCAGUACGACCCAGAGAUGCUCGACGACUCGGAGCAGCCGCGCAUGACUGUCGAGCAGCGCCUCGCCGCCGAGAUGGAGCUGGACACCGGACAUGCGGGACGGCCGAGCUCGCGACCAAAGGCCCGGCCCCAACCCGAUGGAGGCCAGCCCAGCGGCGACCCUGGCGGGCAGUGGCGACGAGGCCGACGGUGCGGAAGGUGCCAGGCGCGUCCGCCGACGCGUCGCCGCUCCAGGCGAUCCGGGGGACGAGGAGCCGCCAGAGCCAAGUCCUUCUGCCUCGGACGAGGACGACGAGGUGCCCGAGUCAUACUACGACCUGACGCACGAGCGCCUGUCCGAGGGCGCCGAGCCCGUCGACAAGCGGCUGGAGGAGAAGAUCCGCCGCAAUUUCCGCCAGUUCCUCCUGAAGUUCACGCCCGAG